AUGGGCCCCCGGUCCGCGCGCUCUCCUCGCUGUGCUGUCUCUCCGAGCCGAGCCGACUGCAUCGCUGGGCCCGGCGGCUCCUACCAGAGCCGACUUUCCGGACACACGAGGAACCCGUCAUCCUCAUGGCAGAAGCGGAGGGUCCCUGUCCAGAUGAUCAGGGACCUGAAAGACGCGGUCACAGCUGUCCUGCAGGGCUAUGGGAGUGGGCAGCGGCCCGUGACGGACGCCAGCGCGGAGCUGCACAGGCUUUGUGGCUGUCUGGAGCAGUUGCUGCAGUUUGAGCAGAAAGAGCAGAAGCGCUUCCUGAGGGCCCGGAAGGGCUACUGGGGUUUCCUCUGCACCGCGCUGUGGCAGCAGCGGGGAGACACCGAGUCCAGCCGCUUCGUCCACUCACAGGACAAGCUGCAGACCCCGCUGGGGAAGGGCCGUGCCUUCAUCCGCUUCUGCCUGGUCCACGGACAGCUGGCCGAGUCCCUGCAGCUCUGCCUCCUGGACCCGGAGCUCACCAGGGAUUGGUAUGGUCCUCGGAGCCCUCUGCUGUGCCCCACGCUCCAAGAAGACCUCCUGGACUCGCUCUAUGCUCUCAACGGGGUGACCUUCGACUUGGACCUGCAGCGGGCUGACCUGGACGAGGCCUGGCCCAUGUUCUCCGAGUCCUGCUCUCCCAGUGCCAGUCACAUCCCGGGAAGAAGACCCAGAAAGACCAGAGAGUCUCCAAAGGAGGUGCUUCUCCCAGCUGAGCUGGAGGAAGCGGACGGGAAGCAGCUUCAGCAAGACUCGGAGAAGGGGUCCCCCCGGAAGGAUGCCUGCCAGGAGAACUCAACGCCCGGCUGCCAGGGGCCGGGGCCGGGGGACCCGGGGGUCCUUCGGAGCCUGGAAACAAGCGCAGACUCCAUCCAAGAGAAGCCACGGGAGCCAGCAGGAGUGGCCGCGGGGACGAGGAAGGAGGAGUCACCCGCACCAUCGGCUGAGGGGGAGGCGAGGACAGAUGAGGACCUCAGGAGCCCGGGCCAGGCCCUGGAGCUGCUGCUGGAGGAGCGGGAGGGGCAGCUGAAGGCCCUGCAGGAGCAGCUCAGCAGGUGCCGGGAGGAGAAGGCCCAGCUGCAGGCCCAGCUGGGGCAGGUGCGCCUGGAGGCCGAGAGGAAGGCGGCCACGUCCAAGGAGGAGCUGGGCCGACAGCAGGACCUGGUGCGCGCCAUGAAGAGGCGGGUCCUGGAGCUGGUUCAAGAGAAGGACUCGCAGUGGCAGAAGGCCCAGCAGCUCUCCCCCGUCACUCCUGGCCGCUGCGUGGGCUGCAGCAAGGUCUUCGGCCGGCUGUCCCGGCGCUACCCCUGCAGGCUGUGUGGAGGCCUGGUGUGUCACGCUUGCUCCGUGGAUUACAAGAAACGCGCCAGCCGCUGCCCGCCCUGCGCGCAGAACAGGGACCCCCCAGUUUCCUGACGGGCACCAGCCCCACCGCACCAGGCCUGCCCAGCGCUCUGGCCCCAGGGGUCCUUCCUCCUGGGAGCUGGGGGCACGGCCACAGCGUGGAGAGAAGGAGAGAAGAGAGGGGCGUCCUGCAACCCCCACCCAGGAGCCACGCCCCCCCCACCUCUCUCCUCUCAGCCGUCCCUGCGACCCGGAAAAGCCUCCACGUGUAAGACCCGGGCCCUGCAGCUGUCCCGGGCACCGG